AUGGUCAACGGUGUCAUUCGCAAGCCAGGCCAAGACAGGCAAUUUUACUUCUUCUCCGGCCUCAAGUAUGCCACCAUCGAAAUUGGAAGUAGCUUCAACGACAAGCUCAUUAAAGGGCAAUAUUUCGUGCGCGGAGAGUGGUCCACCUUCAAAGAAGCAAACUGGGGCAGUGCCGACGCUGUGGUCCCAGUACCUGGCGUUCCCAACUCCUUCUACGUGUUUCUCGGGGGCCACUAUUUCCGAGCCAUCAUCGACCCCGCCAGCCAGAAGGACUCCAUGCAAUACAGUGGUGUCAAGACUAUCGAGUCGGAAUGGAAGCCUUUGGUGGAUGCUGGAUUUGAUACUGUGGAUGCUGCCAUUCCCGAUCCUACCAAUGAUGACAUUCUGUUUUUCUUCCGAGGCACCAAGUCUUUGAAGUACAGCUACUCGCAAAACAAGGUUGUCGCAGGACCUAAGCCAAUCACCACCUAUUGGCCUGGCAUUGGUAAAUCCGGCUUCGAAUCCAUCGAUGCCAUCUUCAAGACCCCCAAUAGCAACAGCUAUUACGUUUUCAAAGGUGACCAGUACGCAAGAAUUUCAUGGACUGGAGGAUGA